AUGCAAGUGCUAAAUCUUAUAAGAGAUUUUGAGAUGCAGAAGAUGAAAGAAACUAAAACCAUCAAAGAUUACUCUGAAAGGCUCUUUAACAUAGCAAACAGGGUAAGUUUGGUUGGUUUCUUGUUUAAUGAUUCACGUAUUGUUGAAAAGAUUCUGGUAACUGUGCCGGAAAGAUUUGAAGCAACCAUAACUACUUUGGAAAACAUUACGGAUAUGUCCAAGAUCGCCUUCACAGAGUUAUUGAAUGCUUUGCAGGCUCAAGAACAACGAAGAUUCAUGAGAGAAGAAAGAAAUACCGAAGGAGCAUUGUUUGCCAAGCCUCAAGAUGGAGGCAAAAACAAAAAGAAGAAGAACAAGAAGAAUGGUGAAGGCAUUUCAGCAAGUACUACCAAAGGAAAAAGUGGAUACUCAAAGAAAAGUUAUCCUCCUUGA